GGAGGGGCGGGGCCGAGGGAAGGGGGCGGGCUGACCACCGGCUUCCGGCGGGUGAGCGCGGGAGCAAGAUGGCCACUACCAAGCGUGUGCUGUACGUGGGUGGGUUGGCAGAGGAGGUGGACGACAAAGUUCUUCAUGCCGCCUUUAUCCCUUUUGGAGACAUCACAGAUAUUCAGAUUCCUCUGGAUUAUGAAACAGAAAAGCACCGAGGAUUUGCUUUUGUUGAAUUUGAGUUGGCAGAGGAUGCUGCAGCAGCUAUUGACAACAUGAAUGAAUCUGAGCUCUUUGGACGGACAAUUCGUGUCAAUUUGGCAAAACCAAUGAGGAUUAAGGAGGGCUCGUCCAGGCCAGUGUGGUCAGAUGAUGACUGGCUGAAGAAGUUUUCUGGGAAGACUCUUGAAGAGAAUAAAGAGGAAGAAGGGUCAGAGCCUCCCAAAGUAGAAACCCAGGAGGGAGAGCCCACGGCAAAAAAGGCCCGGUCGAAUCCUCAGGUGUACAUGGACAUCAAGAUCGGGAACAAGCCGGCCGGCCGCAUCCGGAUGUUGCUGCGUUCCGACGUUGUUCCCAUGACAGCGGAGAAUUUCCGAUGCCUGUGCACCCACGAGAAGGGCUUCGGCUUUAAGGGAAGUAGCUUCCACCGCAUCAUCCCCCAGUUCAUGUGCCAGGGCGGCGAUUUCACGAACCACAACGGCACGGGGGGCAAGUCCAUCUACGGGAAGAAGUUCGACGAUGAGAACUUUAUCCUCAAACACACGGGACCAGGCCUGCUCUCCAUGGCCAACUCCGGCCCAAACACCAACGGCUCUCAGUUCUUCCUGACGUGUGACAAGACGGACUGGCUGGACGGCAAGCACGUGGUGUUUGGGGAGGUCACGGAAGGCCUGGAUGUCCUGCGGCAGAUUGAGGCCCAGGGCAGCAAGGACGGGAAGCCAAAGCAGAAGGUGAUCAUCGCCGACUGCGGGGAGUACGUGUGAGUCCACACACGCUGUCUCCGCACCGCCCCUGCCUAUCCAGGAGCCGUCAGCCUGGGAACCAGCAUGUGAGGGCGUCUGUCCCCUUUGUGGCAAGCAGGGGUGUGUGUCGUGGCCCUUCUUGGGGGUCAGCUUGGAGCAGCUCUUCUGCAGACUCGGCCCGGGCUCCCUCUGGCUCUCCCAGGUGUGGCCGUGGGCCCGGGAGCUCGCAGGGGUCCCCACUGUGGACGGGCGGUGCAUGGCCUUUUCCAGGCCUUUGCUGCCACGGCUUCUCCUGGGCCCACCAGCGGGGCUCCUGGACAUCGCUUCUGGUAAAAUAAACCCGAGUUCUUGUACUGCAAGUCCAGCUAGUUCCUAGGAGUUGUCCGAGAUUGCAUCUCUGCUGAAUUAGGCUGGCAGAGGGAUAGGGCAUAGCUUUUCUUUCCUCCCUUGGGUGGAUUCCCUGAAGUGCCAGGUGGUGUAUCUUCAAGCCAGGUACCCUUGUCAAACCACGGUCAGGACAGUGGAAAUCAAAAAUAUCAAAGAAGUCUGUCUUCUGCCGCCUUCCACUCCAGAACUCCUGCCGGCUAGUCUUUGAGGCAGCGGGGGUACUUUAUCACUCGCAACGAUUCGUUUGUUUGUUUCUUCAUAUUUGUUCUACAGAAUUUUUUUUAAGGAAGUUCUACGCCCAGUGUGGGGCUCGAACUCCUGACCCUGAGAUCAAGAGUCGCAUGCUCUGCUGACUGAGCCAGCCAGGCGCCCCCAGUCUACAGGAUCUGUAAACGCUGUUUUAUACCUCAGAGCGCCUCUCUGUGCCGGGUACUGGGCUUACUUGUCCAGAGGCAGGAGGCCACCCGGCUCUGCGGGCCUAAUCCAACCUGCUGCUUUUCUGUUGAGUAAAAAGUUACUGGAAGACAGCCACAUCCAUCCAUUUACAUAUUCUCUGUGGCUGCUUCUGCGGGGACAGAUACUGUGUGGUCCCAAUGUUAGGGCUCUCCAGAGAAACAGAACCAGGAGGCUGGGUGUAGAUAUGUAUAUAGAGGAAGAUUUAUUUUAAGGACUUGGCUCCGUGAUUGUGGGGGCUAGCAAGUCGGAAUUCUGUAGGGCCAGCUGGCUGGAGACCCAGGGAAGAGUUGAUGGUGCAGUUCGGGUCCGAAGGCUGUCUGGAGGCAGAAUUCCUCCUCCCUCGUGCAGUCUCAGUCUUCUCUGUCUUAACAGCCUUCCACUGAUUGGAUGAGGCCCACCCACAUUGUUCAGGGUAAUCUGCGCUACUUCCAGUCUGCUGCUUUAGACAUUAAUCACAUCUGAAAAGUACCUUCUCAGCAACAUCUAGACUGGUGUUUGACCAAAAACUGGCUAUCGUGGCCUAGCCAAGUUGACACAAAAUGAACCAACACAGCCUCAGAGCCUAAAAUAUUGACUGCUUGAACCUUUGUAGGACAAGUUUGCUGAUGGCUGAAACACAUGGUCCCACCCCGUGCUGAGCUUGGUCCUUCUAAUGCGGCCACUGCUCAAGUCAGGCUGGCUCCUCUCUCUAUUCCCUCUGCACAUACUGCUCAGCCAGGUGGUUUUCAAGAAUCCCUCACCUGCUGAAGGCCCUGAGCAGGGACUGAGCCCCAUGGCCACUAGACACCUCUCUGUGGUUGGGUUACCAGGACCAUUCAGAAUCCACCGAGUUGGGCUUUUUCAUCUUGAGAUCUGGACAAGCCAGAUGCCUCCUGGCCCUGGUGACCUGGGAGCACUCCUGUGAGGGAUGAUGUCAUUCUGGCCCUACCUCUGGCUUCUGUGUAUCCAGCGGACUCCCAGCCCUUGGCUGAGCUCCUGCUCAGAGUUUCUGUCUCCUUGAGGCUAGGAUGUAUCACCACAUGGUUACCCUUGACCCCGUGGAGCUCCCAAAAGAGACCUUCCCUCAAAGCACAGGCCCCCACUCUGAGGGCAGACUCUGGCCAUCACAGGUCAGUCACCAGGAAAGGAGGCGUAUAAAGGGUGUAGCAUGGCCACCUCCCAAGAGGGGCCUGACUUCUGUGACAAUAACUUUGUUACUUUCUGUUCUUCCCUGGUAGCACCCACUGGGCUCACUGCCCCUCCCGGUGCUCUCCAGAGUGUCCACAGGUGUUAUCACCGUAUCCACAGCAGAACCCUAUACAGAGGGAAACCACGGCCCGGGUGACAUGCUGCAGAGUCACCCAGAAUAUGGCAGAGCUGGGACAGGAAGCUCGGCCUGCCUCCCCCUAGUUUAAUGGGGUCCUGGGAGGUUUACUGGGCUCUAGCCUCAGUCUAAGGCAGGGGGCCCAAGGCCCUGGGGGAAGACACGGUCAUGGUCCCUAUAAUUAGCCUGGACCCUUUGGGGAGACCCAAGGAAGCCAGGCCCAGAGCCCGGGAGCAGCGGCCCGGCUGCCUGGUUCAGCUAUCACAGCACCAAACCUCUGGUGCGUGCCAAGACGGCACUGUUGGAAGUGAACCGGCGUGUGCCAUGUGGCCUUUGCUGUGGCCCGAGGACGGAGUGCCUGCCUCGGGCCUCCUGGUCCAUGUGCGUGUUGCUCUGUUACGGCAAACAGGGCUGGUUUUGCCGGUGCGCGGACUCCUUCAGCCUGUGGCCCUGAGGUCAGGCCUGCGGCUGCUGGAGCCCCCUGUCGGAUUCAGGCGCUGCGAGCUCUAGGCCCCAGUCACAACAGCCUGCAGCAGCCCUCCCAGGAAGGCAUUAGGGACCUACUUUUUAGUUGUGAACACUGAGUCUCGCAGGCUUCGGGGGUUAAAAACCUAGAAAGCCAUGUUUUCAAAAAAUAUUUAUUAACAGGAAAAUUUUUACUGCAUAAUAAAGUGGGAAAAGCAUAUUUCAAAGCAAUUUAUAUAAGUAUGAUCCUAAUUUUGUAAAAAUAUCUAUGAUAUAUAACAUCUAUAUGUGUAUAUCCUAAGAUAAAGGCCGAGAAAUAAAUUCACCAAAAUAUUAA